AGAAGAAGAAGAAGAAGAAGGAGGCUGGGAAGGGGUGGCAGCCGCCGGUGGUGGUAGUUAGGGUUAUGGUUGGAGAUUUGGGAAGAUGAGGGUAUUUUGGGUAUUUUGAACAAUUGUUGGUGUGUCCUGAGCUCCCCUAUUCGAUUCCUCCGUGGCUGUUGCCGUACCGGUUGCACACGAACCGAAUCUCUGUAGCGGUUACGAAUUUUGAAAUGGUGGAGACUGCAUUUAGUGUUGUCAACCUUGCUUAGAUAAAGAGAGCCCAGCCAGAGACACCCCAACAAAACAAAGAGCAUUCACUUCACUUCCAUUUUGCAAAUACCAUUUAAUGGCCCUCUCUCCUCUCCUUAAAUGCCCUCUCUCUGUUUUUACCCAUAAAAUUCACUCUUCUCUGGGUCUCUCAUCUCUGGUCUCUCUCCACAAGAUCUCUGCAACUUAUAGAGUUCGAGAUAACCAGCCAUGGCCAAUCCUACAGAAUGGAACAAUCGAGCCACGUUUGAGCGGUAUCUAUUUGAUUAUUUACAGAAAAGAGGCUUGCAUGAAACUGCAGAGCUCUUCUGGCAUGAGGCUAAUCUCUCCUUCGAUCCUUCAUCUCGUCCAGCACUUGAUGUUCCUGAUGGUUUUCUACAUGAAUGGUGGUUGACAUUUUAUGACAUGUUUAAAGCAUCGCAAGCAAAGAAUCCAGUCAAUAAAGAGGGUUCCUCAUAUGCGGUUGAAAAAGUGACUUACGUGGGGCAACAAGGUGAUCCUUCUCCAUUGAGAGAGCAAGAGGUGGACAAGCAACCGAUCAGGGAGCUGACUGCUAGUAGUGAUUUUGGGUUGUCUACAGGGGGAAACCUAAUGCCGUUCAUGGGAUGCCAUUCAAUGAAAACUGAGCAAAAUUUUCAAGGUUUGGCAUCAUUUGAACCUCAACAAAAAUCAUCAACACUUUCAAAGGGAUUCUAUCAUCCAAGCAACCUUGGUAAUAUAUCUACUCAAGGAGUUGGUCCUUCAAUUUGUGCCACACUUAAAACAGAAAAGAUUGCACCUAAUGAGAGUGGAAGAAAAAGAAAGCAUUCCACAUGCUCUGAAGAUGGAAGUAAUGGUGUGCCAGGAGGUGCUGAUUAUCGUUCAGAAACCUCGUCACCAAUUUGCAAGUCCUUCAAUGGUACUCUCAAAUUAUCUUCUUUUCAUGUUGAUGGCAAUAAAGAUGAGGGAAAGACUUCUUCUAGCAAUUCGCGAACAAAUCAUACAACCACCGACACCAAUAGUUCAAUUGACCAACCAUUUGUGGAAUCCUAUAGCGAACAAUAGAAUAGUUUUGUUCGCAGGACAAGAUUAUUCACCUUUGAAAAAUCCCUCCUAAUAGGGAAAGAUUUUCGUCAGCCAGUCAAGACAUGAAUCCAUGGAAAUGAUAUAUUUCGUUUGUGUUGUGUAUGGACAAGCAGUUCAUUAGUCUUUGAUAAACAAUGCUCUUCUGUUUCUGUCGCACAGAGUGGGGUGUGGUACCACAUGGAUGAAAGGAAGGCCUAAAUGAAGACAUGACUGCCUAUGCUGUAAUCUCUUAAUGCAAAAGACACUGAGUUUAACAACCAAGGACUUGCAAAUUGAUGAUGAGGCUUUUGAGGGAAAUCUAGUGCUUCCUGGAAUACUCCUGCUUCCAUCUUCAGAAUCUGUUUUGCGUAAACUGAAGAGUUUAUUUCCUUGAGCAAUUAUAUCACCAGUGUUGCUUGGAGGACAGAGAGUUUUUGAUGUGAGCAUAAGUGGUACUUGUUGAUGAAGCUAAUGUCAACUUUGAGGGAAUUUGCUUCAACUCCAAUUCAAGGGCACAUCAUUGAUGGUGCUGCAUUUGCACAAUGUGGACAACUGGAAGUCUAGUGCCUAAUCUUUUGCUUGUUCACCUCUUGCGGUCUUAAACAGAGGAGAAUCAUCUUGUUGCUCUAUGUUGAUCACUUGUUUACGCACAACGGAAGAAACAUCAUUAUGCUGGGGAUUCGUCAACUGUGCUACAAUGAGCAUGUCCUAAAUAACCAUUAAUGUCUGUUGCAAAAUCCAUCCAAUACAACUGUUGUUGGAGGAGCCAUAGGUUCAAUUUGAUUGAAGAAAGAGGAGUAAGCAGUUGCAAGAUUAAAUGGAAGGCUUGUGCAUGCCAGGCACCUCAGGUGAUGUCUUUCUUACGUAGUAUGACUAUAUUUUUCACUACCCUCAGAUCAUAUCCUUAAUGUUUUGAGCUACAUUAAGGUGGCACUCAUGCUGUGAGACGUGGAUGUAACGUUGUUGCUGAUAUUGGUGUAACUGUCCCGAUUGGUGUGUGGUUUAGUCUAUUCAUAGUUUGCCAUGCCAUUGUACAAUUAAUGAUUUCAAGAGUUUCAGAGGUUUGUGUGCUUGUGUGAGUUCUUAUGGUAUUUGAUAUUGAUUUUAUUAAGUAAUUACUUGUCAAUUUUGCACCUUUUGCUUCAUUUAUUAUUGUUGUUGUUAUUAUUUUCUUUUGCUGCAUGUAGUUGGCAAACAUAGCACUACCUCUUAAGCAAGGACUUCAUUCCAUAGUCUCUCUCUUUGUUUUGAUCUCAGUUUAGUGAGAGGAAAUUCUGUUACAAUGACUUCAAACUAACAGAAUACAUCAACAAUUCGAAUUGCAACCGACACCAA